AACUAAUUUUAUAGUUCAAGGUUUCAUGAUGUUGAUAAUAGACAUCCGUAAUGUGAAUGUACAUAUGCUGAUAAUAGUUGCAAAUGUAUUCCGCACAGCUGUGCAAAUCGUAUAUAAACUGAGCUAAAUUCCUCCAAAUAUUGACUACAAUAAUUUGAACAAGAUGCGCUGCAUACUCGUAUUGGUUCUUGUUGCUUUGAGCUUCGUGAGUCCUGCUCCAACAAGAAAUAAUCUCAAAGAGGAUUUGACAAAGCUUGCUAACGAGACUACAAUAUUGUAUGAGCGUGCAAUUUUAAAAUGCCACAUAAUAGCUUGUCAAAAAGCAGUUGACAAUAAGAAUAAUAAGCAAACGGAUAUUGAGAAGGUGCAAAUGUAUCUGAAUAAGUUAGUUGAUUGGGAUGAAACUUGGCCCAAAAACGCACAUAAAUUCUCCGUCGAAAAAAUGGAAGGCAGCACUAACAUUUUUGUCAACAUACCAAGUGACACUUUGAACAAUUUGGUAAAUGGUGGCUUAUCUGAAAUCAACUUAAAAUGCGAUGAAUUAAGAACACAAGUACUUGAUGGAUUCGAGGCUAGAGCUACUGAAAUUAUUCGUUCUUAUAGGGAAGCUGGAUAUACUGAUGCUAAAAUGGAUGAAUGGUAUAAUAAAUUUCUUCAAAAUCGUGAAUCCGAAAUUUUUGCAUUGCUAGCUUAGUUCUUAAAAGACAAAACGUUUUAAAAUAAAGCAAACAAUUAAAAAAGCAAUAAUAUGGAUG